GACAGUCAGGGCGGGGGCAAGGCGAUGGUAGAAGGGAAAGAGGGAGCUCGGGCAGUGGAAAGGAGAGAGAUGCGAAAUCUGGGAAGCAUGUGCAGCAGGGUGGGUCCCAGGUUGGGUCUGGGAAUAGGGCUGGUGGUGUAGUGGCUGAGGCUAGUGCUGCUGAAGCUGUGGAAGGUUUGAGGGGCUCGGGGGGAAGAGCAGCUGCACCAGUGGCAGCAGCAGUAGCAAUUGCAGAAUCAGCAGCAGUGGCAGCAGCAGCAGUACCAGGAUGGGAUGCAGCCGUUUCAUCCCCGGAGACCACCAUCUUACAGCACAGCAUCUCGCCCUCCCCAGCGCCACCCUCUGCCCCCACUGCGUUCCUGGACCGCCUUUGGUCCCAGCUCAAGCACCCUCUCUCCCCUCCUGUGACUUCCCCUGCCAACAACACUGACACGAGCGACGUCACCAGCACCUCCACCAGUAUUGGGAACUGCAACGGACAGUUACCCGCUGUCAGCAGCAGUGUCAGCGGCGAGGGAGAUGGGAUGAAUGGUACCAACGACAGCAGCUGCCGCAGCCAGGUAUUGUUGGGUACGGAAGCGCAGUUAGAUGCUGUUGUAGCUGGACGCAACAAAGGGGAGGAUGUAGGGGGAGAAGGGACGGUGGAUGGGACACCUGCUGCUGCUGCUGGCAGUGCAGCAGUGGAUUCUUAUGCAGUUAUGCACAUUCAUUGA